AUGAUAAUGAACAAUGAAAUUGUGGAUAAAAUCUGCGAUGAAACAAUCAAGUAUGCCAGACAGUCUGGAAAUAUGGUAUUUACAGUGUCCCGAGAAGAAAUAUUUCAAUAUCUUGGAAUUUUCUUAGUUUCUGGCUAUGUGAAACUUCCGGAACAAAAAAUGUAUUUUGAAACGCCGGAGGAUACAUUGAAUUUGCUCGUUUCUGGUGCCAUGAGUCGCACUACGUUUGAAAAAAUACAUCGAUAUCUGCACUUCAACGACAACAAUCAUAUUGUCAAAGAAGAUAAGAUAUAUAAAGUGCGUCCACUUGUGGAUCAUCUCAACAAAAAAUUCUCGGAACUGCGAGAACCGUUUGGAGAAGAGUUUUCUAUAAACGAGGCUAUGGAACCUUAUUACGGACGCCAUUCAAUGAAACAAUUCAUCAUGGGAAAACCAAUCCGCUAUGGAUUCAAAUUCUGGUGUCUAACCACCUCGGACGAAUAUCUUUUGCGCUUCGAUCGUUACCAAGGGAAAGCACAGCCUCCCAAGGGUGUCUCUCUUGGAACAAUGGUGACGAUACAGUUAGCAAGACAUAUCGUGCCAGAAUAUUCCACAAUUUACAUGGAUAAUUUCUUCACUUCUUCGUUGCUACUAUUCGCACCAACAGAGUUAAGGGUGCGCCACUAA